CCAUCAGCGGGAGAAAUAUGAAAGAGGUCACUUGCUUCAUUUAUCAUCUAGAAAGCGUUGAUUGUUUCAACUACAGACAGACCUUCAUCACUAUGAAAUCGGUCUGAAAGUCCUCUUUAUCGGAUUUCCAAUACAAAUGCAAGUCAUUUCUUUACUUGGAUAUGAAAGACUUCACCAGCACUUAACAAAAAGGCGUUUCAAACAGGGUACUGCAGACAUUCAACAAUGGCUGCUCCCUACUGAAGAUCAGAUGGCUGGCCAGAAAGAGUUAGCGGCGCAAAACUCUGAGAACAAACCAAUCAAGGAUCCACUGCUCAGCAAAUAUGCUGAAGGAAACGGAGACGGAUUGGACAAGACUCUGAGGAAACCGCAGAAUAACAUCGCGUGCCAAGUGAUUGUCCUAGUGGAAUCUGAAUCCGAAACGAAGAGUGAAGUAUUGAUCCGAGGGUGACAUGGAGGAGGUGGCGUGAGCAGGAGAUCAUGGACUAUGGGCGAUCGUGAAGUCAGCUGAUGAAGACUUCGGAGAGC